AUGGCGGGGUUUGCUCUCGAUGACGAUGAUCGGGGAUCCAACGCGAGCUCAGACAAUGAGCAGGAUGAGUUGAUGGACGAUGCAGACGAUAUAGAACCUGAAGUAGAUCAAGAUGCUGAUGCUGAGGGCGAUGGGGAUGACGACGAGAACGAGGAGGAUAAUGGCGACGAGGACCAGGAUGGGGAAGAGGAAGACGAUUCCACCGAGCAACCACUCUCGCAGAUUCGAAGACCCAUCCUCCCAAGCACGAAUACAAGCUCCGAUAAUACAACGACCCUCAGUCAAGUCAAUGGCGCAGGGCCUACAUCACAUCCCCGACCUACCUUAACACGGACCUCCGCCUCCCCUCGACAGCCUUCUGCCCCUCUGCAAUCGCCUAAGGUCCGCUUCGAAGUUCGCCCAGAAGCUCUCACGGCGUCGACGUAUGAUAUAGUACCUACAAUGGCGGCGCCGCAAAGCACAUCCAUCAAUGCAAUUACGGCGACUCCAGACAUGAGAUAUUGGUUCAGCGGGGGGUCGGAUUGUUAUAUUCGCAAAUACGAUGGAGUAGCAACCGUCAAUGGGAAGACUCUCUUGACUGUUGCUCAACGGCAUCCUUUUGUCGACAGUGUAGUGAAGGCUGGGGUUCUGAUGAGCUAUUGGGACAACGAGGAGCCAGCUCCAAAAACCCCAGCGGAGGACCCUGCACUUUCACCCGUUUACUCGUUAGCGGUACAAUCACAAGCUCUUUGGAUGCUCUCUGGGCUGGAAUCUGGAUGCAUCAAUUUAUACUCGGUACGACACGAUGAGGGAAAGCGAAUAGCAUAUAUGCAGAAGCACAAGUCCGCAGUUUCGGUUCUUACUUUGGCUCAAGACGAGAAAUCAGUAUUGUCCGGAAGUUGGGAUAAGAAUGUCUUCGAUUGGGAUCUGAAUACAGGACAAGUCAAGAGGUCUUUCGAGGGCAGCGGUGGUCAGAUAUCGGCCAUCGAAAUCCGCCCUGCGUCGAGUCUCCCGGUUCCCGAGGAAUCUGGUGAACCCGUUCAGACAAACGGAACUUUCUCGAGCAACAACGGAGCCAAGCCUCUUACGAAUGGAGUAAAUGGGCCUGCAAACGGUGUUGCCGAAGAGGGCAACGAAGAUGCUCCAGGAUCGCCGACUGACUCGUUGUUUGGGGGUGGGAGCGACAACAAUUCAUUAUUUGGAGAGACAGCCGGGGAUGGAGCUCCCUCUGGAGGGGUUUUCGGGGACGAAGAUGACGAGUUCUCAAGGGCGAUCGAGUCUAGUCUUGAAAAUCAGGACCACAUGGACUCACAAGGAGACCUCACCAUGGAAGAUGCUCCUGGCUCGCAAAGUGCGCCGGCACCAGCAGUUCAGCAAACAGCAAUCCAGCAGAAUGGAGUAAAGAUUGAGGAAUUGUUACAAGUUAAUGGAGUCUCUCACCCAGAAAAACCUCCUGAAACCACAUCAACAGCAAUCGUAGCUGAAACUCAGGACGCCAUCGCAACAUCAGACUCGACUUUCCUGGCUGCUUCCAUCGAUGGUCCACUGCAGAUCUGGGAUAGAAGACAACCGAAUCCAGUGGCAAGAAUACCAACCCGAACGGGAGUACCGCCUUGGUGUAUGGCUGCUUGCUGGUCUCCUGAUGGAAAUUUCAUCUAUGCUGGACGAAGAAACGGCACGGUCGAGGAAUUCAGCUUGCAUAAAGGGCUAAAGAAUGCGGAGAGGACAUUUAAGUUCCCGCAAGGAAGUGGAGCUGUCAGCGCUGUUCGGGCCAUGCCGAAUGGGCGGCAUUUGAUUUGCGCAUCGCAUGAUAUUCUUCGUCUUUACGACUUGAAAGAGCCGCAAGCCUUCAAGCAUUCGACUGUACCCUUCCUCAUCGUUCCUGGACCGCCAAGAGCUGGGGUGAUCAGUGCUUUGCAUAUUGAUCCAACGUGCAAAUACAUGCUGAGUGCAGCCGGAAACCGAGGUUGGGAAGGAAGCAGCACUGAAGUUUUGAUUGGUUAUGAGAUUGGCACGUCUUGA